CUCAUUGAUUAUUUUGCUGUUUGGCGACUCUCUGAUCUACCUGCCCACACUGACAGUCCAAAGAUGGCCCAGCUAAAUUCGACGCAACGGCGGACCUUGUUAGAUGCAGCCGGUGAUGCUGAGAAACCACAUCUGCAAGCACUCUUGGAUGGUGCUAUAAAACGGGAACAGGAGUCCGAGAAGGAGAGGAAGGAGGCCUUGUUGAGAAGGCAAGUAGUCCUCCUAGAGAUUGUUCCCUCAUUGACCGAAGAGCAGUGCGGGGAACAGUUGCAGUCCAUCCUCACAGCCUUUGUUCAAAUCAGGAAUCUUGAGGACCAUACCACUCAGAUCGCUGAAGUCUUUGCAAAACUGCAGACACUUCAGGAUGAUCUGGCUGAGAUGACCCUCAAGUACCAUGAACUGACGAAGGAGGUGGCGGAUCUGCGACAAGCCCAAGUGCCCAACCCUCUUUCUCUACCUCCUGGAACUGAAGCUGCAAUCGAAACUACCUCUGCCCUUCUUACUGUGUCUUCUUCUACCUCAUCUUCGAGUGUGAUGGCAACUCCUUCAGGACCUGCAGCAGGUGCAGAUUCCAUUGUUGCUGUAACAAGCAAUGAGGCUGGAACUUCUACAAUUGCUGCAGCCCCAAGACCGGAACCAGUUGCUGCUGGUCCCAGCCAUGCCAGUCCCUAUGUGGACCGGAAGGCGGUUCAAAUACCGUCCAAGUACGAUGGCAAGGAAGACAUCGAGUCCUGGAUCGGCUCCAUGAGGGCCUACUUUGAGAUCCUGGGGACUCAAGCUGAGACCCAGGCAGUUAUCAUGGGUAUGAAUGUCGAGCCAGUCGUACGGGGCUUCCUAGAAGUCCAAGCAACGUGGGCUGGGUUUCAAAAGUCUGCACUAGCCAAAUGGCUAAGGUCCACCCCGGUUGCCUCCCUCGAAGAACUCCUUAUCUCAGAAUACCAGGAUCCACAUGUUGCUGCUAAAGCGAGGAUUCAACUGGAUAAAGUAAAGCACAACAAGUGGAAUGGCUCCAUGAAAAGCCUGCAGACCUAUCUAAGCAAGCUGUUUGCCACUCCCGGUUUGGAGUUGUCCACUCAAUCUUGCUUAGAUGUGGUCAAGGGCGCGGUUCCCACUAACUUCACUAGUCGCCUGGGCAGGGACUACAUUGCUUAUACUGACUGGCUUGCCUUAAUGAAGGAUGUAGUCAGUCUCGAGGCCAUGGACCUCGUUAGCACGGCAGGCAGCAAAAAGCCCAUGGGCGGCAGACGGUUCAAGGGCAGCAACCGUUUUGCUGUGCAUGACCUGUUGGAGGCCGACCCCACUCUUGGUGAUGACCAAGAACAGGACUCCGAUACAACUUGUGAAAACUGUUUCAAUCCGGUACUCCGCAUUGCAGACCCCAAACUGACCUUCGUAGUGACUACGGAUGCAAGUCAGUAUGGGAUCGGUGCGGUGCUGCAACAAGAUGACGGUGAUUGCCUGCGGCCACUCGAGUACUACAACAAACGAAUGCCCAGCGUAAAGGUAGCCACUUCCACCUACAUGCGCGAGCUCUACGCUUUGCGCAUGGCGUUGGAUCACUGGAAACAUUACCUAUUGGGACGCCACUUCAAAGUGUUCUCAGAUCAUGAGACCUUGAAGUGGAUCAAAAUGCUGACUUCUUUGUCCCCUACCUUGCUUCGCUGGUUUCAUGAGAUUGACAUCUUUGAUUUUGAAUUGAGGCAUAAAAAGGGUUGUUACAAUCGAGUCGCUGACGCUUUGUCUCGCCACCCUGAGUACAUGACUUGCCUUGUGAAAUCCUACGACCUCCGGAAGAAAUUGAAGGAGGAACUCGUAGAGCAAACAGCCAAGGAUCCGGAACUUAGUUCCAUCCUUGAGCAGCUGCAGGCUGAUCCUAGUAGUCAGCCUGAUUUCCACGAGUAUGGAGGACUGAUUUUUCGCCGAUACGGGAACCAUGACCGUUUGUGUGUACCCAACCAUGAGCCUCUCCGCACACACUUUUUGGACUUGGCUCAUGGCUGGAGUGGGCACUUUGGCAUGGCUAAAACGUACGCUAAUUUGCUGAGACAGUUUGAUUGGCCCGAUCUAGUGAUUCGCGAAUUCCAGCAGAAAUACCUGUUGCAAUUCGGAACCCCGAAGACUCUUGUGAGCGAUCGGGACCCRCRUUUCAUUAGCAUUGAAUGGAAGGAGUUCACGUCCCACCUUGGAAUCAAACUGUGCAUGACAUCUGGCCGACACCCCGAAGCCAACGGUUUGGCUGAGGAGAUCAACCAGACUGUAUUCCAACUACUCCGUGCGUUGAUCAUUCCUGAUCAAGAAACAUGGGAUGAGGAGCUGUAUUCUGUCAAGGGGUUGUACAACAACUCCGUCCAUUCUGCCACCGCAACGACACCUAACAGGCUGCAUUAUGGGUGGCAGAUCCGUAAUCCGCUCUCCUACUUAUUCCCUGAACAGCCAGCUGGUUUAACACCCGGCAGACCCGACUUCAGGGCUAAGUAUGAUCGCUUGCUCAAAGUUGUUGUUGCAGCCAUGACCAAGCAACAGCAUGCCAUGAUUCACCAUGCGAACAAGAAGCGCAAACCAUCGGACAUUCAGGUAGGAAGUUAUGUCUGGGUAAAGAUGUUUGAAUUCUCAGAGGAGGAGGGAGUCUCACGCAAACUCCUCCCACUCUACUACGGGCCUUGGGAAGUUUUGGAUGUACUUGGGGAAGAUCACUUUGGCCCUUCGUAUGUUGUCGACGUGCCAGCUCACCUGCGCACGUAUCCCGUGUUUCAUGCAUCUAAACUGAAUCUCCAUCGUGACGCCGAGACAUUCGAUUACUGCGAAGAUAUGAUCCCUCGCGCAAUCAAGGGCGGGCAUGAGAUAGAUAGAAUCAAACAGCAUGUAGGUAAAGGGAGAAACAGACAGUACCAGGUUCAUUUCAUGUAUCACCCGUUAGAUGAUCUCUACUGGAUCUCCAAACAGGAACUGCUACGCAGCGCACCGCGCGUUGUUGAAGCUUACGAGCGACAGAUCGCCGCUAAUGCCACACCAAAGAUCUCAGCAAGGCUCUCUGCAACAGAGUAUUCCAUGAAUCUCUUUGCCUUGCUCGCCUAUGAUGCGUUUACCGAGGACUCAGAAUCAGUUACUCGCUCGAAGGGAUCUCGCUCGUGAGGGGGGGGUAGUGUGAUAACCCGUCCGAACACGGAUUGAAACACACAGCUGAUUUCUGAGUUUUUCUCAUAGACUGA